CACACACACACACACACUCUCUCCUUCCCCCCCUCUCUCACUACUCUCUCUCUACAUCUCCAUCUCACCGUUGCGAACCUAAAAAUUCGAUUCUCAAUUUCGAUACCCACAACCGUGUAUUCCUCUGAAUCUCCCUUUAAUGGGAGACCCCAACGAGAAUCCAAAACUUCCCCCGGGUUGCCGAUUCUACCCCUCGGAGGAACAACUCCUCUGCUACUACCUCACACACAAAAACAACACCAGCAAUGAUCGCCGAUUGGAAUUGUUCGGUGACGUGAUUAACGAAGUGGAUCUUUACAAUUACAACCCGUUCGAUCUGCCCGAUUCGACGUGCUUCCGGUUCGGGCAAGGGGGGAGGAAGAGGCACUGGUACUGUUACGUGGCGGCUAGGGUUUUGAGUAGCGGUGGUGGGGGGAGGAGGAGGGCGGGGGGAGGGUACUGGAAGAGGAGGGGAGGGGUUAGGGAUGUGGUGGGUGGGAAGAAGGUCGUGGUGGGGACGAGGAGGAGCUUUGUGUUCUACUUGGGGGGUGAUGAGAAGAAGAACAACGCUGUCCGCACGGACUGGGUUAUGUACGAGUAUGCCCUAGUUGGUACUCAUAAGGAUUCUUUCUUCUUGUGCCGAGUAUUUGUCAGAUCUUGCUCUCGAAAUAAUGGUUCGGAGCAUGUUGUCAGUUCAUGCGGUGAAGGAAGUGUUGCCACUGUACGUCACAUAGGCAUUCAGCACAAUGGAGCCAUCACCUCUGGCAUUGGUGAAGGUAUUGUGCAUGAUGACGACUCUGUUGAUAAGAACAAUGAGGUUUUGACAGGAAGUGUUGGUGCUGGUGUGGCAGGGGCCCUUUCCAGUGUUCAAGUUCCCCCGAGCAUACAGCCAGAUGAGCCGGUGACAGCAUCUGGGCUUACCAGUGGUGCUUCCGUGUUUAUUGGCUGUUUUGCUGCUCAUCUCUUGAGGUCCAUUCUAGAAGAAGACUAUAUAGAAUUGGAUGAUCUUGCAUGCCCACUUUCAGAUAUUGAUAUCACAUGAUAUACAUUGGACUAUUGGAGUAAUUGGCUCCAGAGAGACGUGGAUGUAAAUUUUGUAGUCAGCAUAAUCAGAAGUCUGGAAUACAUCAGAAGGUUAAAAACAACCAAAAAUUUGUUCAGAAAAUUAACUGAAGAAUCAGAAGUCUGGAAUACAUCAGACGGUUAAAAACAACCAAAAAUUUGUUCAGAAAAUUAACUGAAGAAUCAGAAGUCUGGAAUACAUCAGACGGUUAAAAACAACCAAAAACUUGUUCAGAAAAUUAACUGAAGCAACCAUACCUGUCAAUAAUGAUAUUGACCCUGUCAAUAAUGAUAUUGACAAAAAUGGUGCAGCAGCAUGACUCAGUCCAUCAAGGUAGUGUUUGGCCCAAGUUGUUUUAAACAAUUUGUGUUGUUGAUCUCCAUCAAGAAUGUUGUUUAUAUCUACUCUGUUUUUGGAAUGCAGACUUUUCUUGUGUCUUACAGAAGGCAUUUGAUUUUAUUCGGAAUGGAGGAUAGGUGGGGAGGUAGCAAGUCGAAUAGAACCAAGCUGUAUCGGCAACUUCACUUGGCUUGAUCGUACUUCCACCAUUCUGUUGGUGGUGGAGUUUCUGGAUCAACCAUCUUUGCAUUUAUGUAGCGAGACCUUUCUCUCUUAGGCCUGCUUUGAGUUUGCUUUCUUGAAGUUCCGAGCUGUAGGAGGUUUCAAAACCUAUUUAUGUGUUUGUGGAUGUUAACUAGAUCUGGGUAUCUAUUGCCUAUGGUAUUAUUGAUGGUACUUAAUUAGUAAACCGUCUUUUCACUGUUCGUUAUUUGCUUAA